AUGGCGGCGGCGGGGGGCGCGACGAGCCGCAGGGGCUCCGGGCGGCCCUGCCCCUUCUCUAUCGAGCACAUCCUUUCCAGUUUGCCCGAGCGAAGUCCCCCGGCCCGGGCCGCCCGCCCGCCGCAGCCAGCGGGCCGCCAAACCCCUGCGGCGCCCGGGGAGCCUGGGGAGCCCGAGGCCGCGCCCUGCGCCUGCUGCUGCUGCUGUCCCCGCAGGUCCCCGGAGCCGGCCUCUGGGCUGGGCGCGCGGCUGCCGUGGCCGCUGAGGUUGGGGCCCUCGGCGCCCCUGCCCUUGGCCGUGCCGCCCGGAAACUCCGGGGCGUUGCCCGGCACGGGAGGCCCCGGCCCGCAGCGGCGCACGCGGCGCCACCGCACCAUCUUCAGCGAGGAGCAGUUGCAGGCGCUGGAGGCGCUCUUCGUGCAGAACCAGUACCCCGACGUGGGCACGCGCGAGCGCCUGGCCGGCCGCAUCCGCCUGCGCGAGGAGCGCGUGGAGGUCUGGUUCAAGAACCGCCGGGCCAAAUGGCGACACCAGAAGCGAGUGUCCGCGGCCGCGAGGCUCCUGCCCGGAGCCAAGAAGCCCUCCAAGGAGAACUGCUGA